CAGAAAGCAGCAGCAGCAGCUCCAGUCAGUGGAGGUUCAGGCUGUCAGCAGCCAGUAGCACGGUAAGACCAGCCAGCAGCCAUACAAGGCUGCAUGACAGAGGUUACCGAGUCUGACCAGCAGCAGCAGCAGCGGCGGCGGCAUCAUCCCAAACAGAGACAAGGCGCCACACAGCUCACCACCACCCGGAGACACCAGGACACCAGGCAGCAGACUCUCUCCUCUCCUCCAGCUUCGUGCUUCAAAGUCAAUGCAGCUCUCCUCCUCUGCUAACCAGCUAACAGCCGGAUCUGACUGAGUGUUACAGCCAGCAGCUGAGGAUCAAAACAAGGACAAGCGCUCAAAGUUUAAGCGGCGUUUUGGUGCCACGGGCCCCGGUGGAGAGAGAGAGAGAGACGGGACUCAGCGAGGUGUGGUGGUGGUGGUGGCUGGAUCAAGUAAAGGAGGUCGCCUCCAGCUCCUCCAGCUCCAGCUCCUGGUGGAUUCAUCCACUAACCAAGCCAGCUAUCGUCAGCUAAGCUAAGCUCCAGCACAGCGCCAUGGACUGGUUAAUGGGGAAGUCGAAGACGAAGCCAAAUGGAAAGAAGCCUCCGGCAGAAGAGAAGAAGCAGUACUUGGAGCUGGAGUACACAAAAAUCCGUGUGGUGGACUUUGACCUCAAGGAGCUGGUGGUGCUGCCCAGAGAGAUAGACCUCAACGAAUGGCUAGCCAGCAACACGACAACAUUCUUCAAUCUUAUCAACCUGCAGUACAGCACCAUCUCAGAGUUCUGCACUGGGGACACCUGUCAAGCCAUGACGGCCUGCAACACAAUAUACUACUGGUAUGACGAGAGGGGGAAGAAGACAAAGUGCACUGCUCCACAAUAUGUCGACUUCGUUAUGAGUCUUUGUCAGAAACUGGUCACAGAUGAGGAAAUCUUUCCUACAAAAUACGGCAAAGAGUUCCCUAACUCCUUUGAGUCCUUGGUAAAGAAGAUCUGCCGGUACCUGUUCCACGUGCUGGCUCACCUCUACUGGGCGCACUUUAAAGAGACGGUGGCUCUGGACCUGCAGGGCCACUUGAACACUCUGUAUGCACAUUUCAUCGUUUUCGUAAGGGAAUUCAACCUGGUCGACCCCAAGGAGACCUGUAUCAUGGACGACCUGUCCGAAGUCCUUUGCACCCCUGUCCCGCCGCCCGCGCCCACCCCAGCCCCUUCCGCCCCAGCCUCAGCGCCCUCCCCUUCUUCACAAAACCACGUGACGGAGAGAUGAGCGGGGGCGGCGAUGAGACAACAGCCCCGGGGGUGAUUGAAGAUAAGAUAGAGGAGAGAAGGAAAGACAGCCUGGCCCCCUUCCUCGGUGCCAGCAGGACUUAUAGACCUUCCACUACCCUUAUAUUUCGCUACGACACCAACCAACCAGCCGGAAGGAAGGGGGGGAGGGUUUUCGGGGGGUUUGGGGUAGCGGGGAGGGGUUUGUCACGCCAGCAGGAAUUGGCGUGAGCAUUCCUCCCAGGGGCAAAUCCCUCCCAUCUUCUCUGCAAUUUAAACUAGGAACAAAAAAGUAUGUGUAUGUUUUAUUUUUUGGUUUUAUUUCACUUUUUUUUUUUUUUUUUUGAAGUUUUAUUCACUUUUAUUUUUUGUUGUGGGGAGGGGUGCAGUGUGUCCACAGGCCCUUCACCUCCCUCUAUCCUCUACCUAACAUACAGUACAGGAAGGGGGCUCUGCUUUGCUUCAACCUACUAUUGUACAGUGUUGUUAAUGUGUGGAGAAGAGGCGUCUCUGCUCACCUUGCGGGCUCGUCCCUCCCUCCUCCUGCAGCGGCGGGAGGCGGCCUGCAGGCGCACGGCCACUACGCUGGCCAGUAGGGAGCCACGUUACUGCCUGACGGGGCGAUACUAGCCAAUCACUGUUUGGGUUGUUUAUGUGGGGGAUGAUUAAAGCGCUUCCUACUCAGGACCUGAGAGAAUAUGUCACUGCUGCCAGAGAGAAGUUAACUCUCUUUUUUUCAUUCUCUGUCCCUUGUUCACCAGACUGCUCAAUCCUUCUUAUGACAGAUGUAGAUCGUGUUUUAACUACAGUAUAGUCACAUAAUCACCUGGUUGUACCCCUAACAGACAUGUCCCAGAGCCUACCUGUAGAGGGCAGCAAACAUGGAAGAGAACGCAACAGAAACAGGGAGACAGAGAAGAAAAUAUAAAGAUUGUAUGUUAGAUAUUUAAUCUGAUCAGAGAGUCGAUACUUUGAGACAGACUGGUGCCCGUAUGAGGCUGAAUCACAGUUGUUUGCUGGUGUUCAGCAUAGCAGCAGCCCCUCGAACCACCACCACCACCACCGACACCCCCUCCAGCAGCACAGAAGGACAAAGACAUGAGGUAAUGUCUGCAGGCCCAGAGAGGCACAGAUGGAGACAGAGUGAGGGGUGGGAGGAGUAGAUGGUGUGGAGCUGCUCUGCUGUUUAACAGUCACCAGUACUCCCAGUACAAAACUAAAAAAAUAUCCACUUCUGGUUUAUUGUUUUUUACCUGUCCCUUUAAAAAUUAGCUUUUUAAAAAAAGAUUAUCAGAAAAUUAGUUCAGAAAUAAUAACAAUAAUGGUAUCAUUACACAUGUAUAGAAAAUGCACAGUCUGCUUGGACUUUACUGUACAAAGAAUCGCAAGCGGGUUCUGUCAGACAUAGCCUCUGUAUGGAGGAGGAUUGGGUUUAUAAUUCUCCUUUUUUAUUUAUUUUUAAUUUUUUUUUUUGCAGGGUUCUUCAGUUCUGGCUCUCGUUUUUAUGUAUUUUAAUUAUUAACUAAGUUAAAAGCAAUUUAAUAUUUUAAGCUCUGCGGAUUAUAAUCUAAUAAAAGAGAGAAAUGCCA